AUGGCGACUUACACCCGCGCCAGAACAUUCCUCACGCGACUCCACCCCUCCAGGUACACUCUCCACAAACUCCACUUUUCAACUCUAACUUCACCGUUAAAUUACGCCGCCGGCGAAUUCUCUGAUAAAACACAAAUUAACGUCAACGAAACUAAAAUAUUAAACGAAUUAUCAAAUUUACUACCAAUUCGUCACAAAAACAAUCACAUUCAAGCUGAAUUUACUGCGAAUACAGAAGUUACUGUGAAUUGUAGGUCAGUAGAUGAUUUUUUGUUACCUGAGGAGAAAUUAAGAGGCGUGUUUUUACAGAAACUUAAAGGCAAAGCCGCAAUUGAACAGGCGUUAGAUAAUGUUGAUGUGGAAUUAAGUAGUGAGUUAGUUGCGAAAGUCGUGAAUCGAGGUUGUUUAAGCGGCGAGGCCAUGGUUAGGUUUUUCGAGUGGGCGAGAAAUCGAGACGAGAUAGGUGAGAGGAUUGAUGUUUAUAAUGUGAUUGUUAAGGCAUUAGGGAGACGGAAGUGUUUUGAUCAUGUGAUGGAGAUGUUGAGUGAGAUGAGAUUGAGAGGCGUGAUUCCAAAUUACGAGACGUUGUUUGUUGUUAUGGAUAGUUUUGUGAAAGGGAAGCAAGUGUCGAGAGCGAUUAAGAUGUUCUUGUGUUUGGAUGAGUUUGGAUGGAAACGUGACACGGAGGCAUUGAAUGUGGUUUUAGGUUGUUUGUGUAAGAGGUCGUAUUUGUGUAGUGCGUGUUUGUUGGUGAAGAAGAUGAAGGGGAAGGUGGAGUUUAGUGUGGUGACUUAUAAUAUAGUGAUGAGUGGAUGGGCGAGAUGUGGGAAUGUUGGUGAGUUUGAGAAGUGGUUGGAGGCGAUGGUUGGUGAUGGAUUUGAGCCGGAUAGUUGUACUCAUAGUUAUUUGAUUGAGUGUUUGGGGAGGGCUGGUAGGAUGGAUGAAGCUGUUGAGAUAUUUGAGAAUUUAGAGAAGGAUGGUUGUGUUGCUGAUAUUUGUGUAUAUAAUGCAAUGAUGUUUAAUUUUUUGCAGAUCGGAGAUUGUGAUGGAUGUUUGAGAUAUUACGAGCGUAUGUUGAGGGUAAAAUGUGAUCCAAAUAUGGAUACGUAUGUUAGAAUAAUUUAUGGCUUUCUUAAGGCCCGAAGAGUAUCGGAUGCUAUUGAAAUGUUUGAUGAGAUGAUUGGUCGUGGAAUAAUUCCCAACACAGGGACCGUAACUUCAUUUAUUGAACUUCUAUGUAGCUAUGGCCCUCCUCAUGCAAUGUUGAUGAUUUAUAAGAAAGCUAGAAAAGCUGGUUGUAUCAUAUCUUUGAGUGCUUACAAGCUGUUACUGAUGCGACUUGCUAGAUUUGGCAAAUGUGGUAUGAUGCUGAAUAUAUGGGAUGAGAUGCAAGAAAGCAGAUACUAUUCUGAUGUGGAAGUUUACCAGCAUAUUAUAAUUGGACUUUGCAACAACGGACAGCUUGAAAAUGCUGUUCUAGUCAUGGAGGAAUGUUUGCGUAAAGGUUUUUGUCCAAGAAGACUUGUUUGUAGCAGAUUGUAUAAUAAACUGUUGACUUCAAAUAAAGUAGAGACUGCAUAUAGGCUAUUUAUGAAGAUCAAGGUUGCUCGACAAAAGGAGAAUGCUAGAAGAAAUUGGCGUGAUAAAGGGUGGCAUUUCUGAGCUUUUACCUCUUCUGUCUCUUUUGCACUAGUGUUUUGCAGCGGACUUAAUGUUGCCCAGGUGGACAGGUAAACAGCCCCCAAGUGAGGCAUAAAUGGGAUGGCAUGACUGCUGCAGAAACUUUUGUUUAGGUAGCUUUUUCCUCAGUUGUUUGGCUGGAGAUUUUUUAAAUGUCGGUUCUAUUUCAAUGAGCAUGCAAAGGGGGAUUACUGUUGCAUAUGCUAAGGAAGCUAGAAAAGCUGGUUGUAGCAUAAUAUUGAGUGCUUACAAGUUGUUACUGGCACGACUUACUAAAUUUAGCUAAUGUGGUAUAAUGUUAAAGGAGUAUAUGGAAUGAGAUGCAAGAAAGUGGAUACUCUUCAUAUGUUAAAGCUCACCAGCAUCUUAUAAUUGGACUCUGCAACAAUGGACAGCUUUCAAAUGCCAUCCUAGUCAUGGAGGAAAGUUUGUGUAAAGGUUUUUGUCCACGCAGACUUGUUUGUAGAAGAUUAAACUAUAAGAUGUUGACUUCAAACAAAGUAGAGGCUGCAUAUAAGCUCUCCCUGAGGGUUGCUCAACAAAAUGAGAAUGCAAGGAAACAGUGGCAUGAGUAAGGGUGGCUUUCGGAACUUUUACCACUCCUGUCUCUUUUGCAGCAGUGUUUUGCAGAGGAUUUGAAGUUGCUCGGGUGGGUAAACAUUGUAAAUGCAACACAUUAUUCUUCUUGGUGAUCUUAUCCUUAUAUUAAAGUAUUAAAAUUGUAUACUUGUAUUCACACUCUGGCCAAUCUUUUCUUCAUAUGAAAACAGUUAACACAUUGUCA